AUGGUCUUAGCAAUGUUGAUCGCCAUGCUGGUCACCUGGGUCAAAGAGGGGAGACCGCACUACCCUAGUAUGGAUGACGGACAGACCAUUGCGUACAUUUCAGAUGUCGGAGCGCAACACUUGAAGCCGCUGUUCGUCGCAGGCAGCGUAGUUACCGUCGUCUUUCUCGAUUUAGCAUUCCUAUCCGAGCGGUGGCUUCGACACUCUAACCAGCUGGCCUCGAACAAGGGGAGAUUGGACAAGGCAUGCGCUAUCCUUUCGAUCUUCUUCGCUAUUGCCGGUGCUGCUGGCUUGAUUCUGCUGGCUGUCUUUGAUACGCUCCGCCACCCGAAUAUGCACGACGGUUUCAUCGCCCUGUUUAUUGCUGGAUACGUGAUUAGUGCCAUCUUGGUUUGCAUCGAAUACCUUCGCAUCGGAAUCUUCUAUCGUCGCGAGCACCGCAUCUUGCUCAUCAGUUUCUUUAUCAAGCUUGCCUUCGUCAUUAUCGAGCUCGCACUCGCCAUCGGCUUCGGUGUCUGUAUUGGUAGCAAGAAAGCGUCUAAGCAAAACCCCGGCGCAGUUCUCGAGUGGACGAUUUCUUUCGUCUUCACUGGCUACGUUCUCUCCUUCGUCGUCGAUCUAUUGCCUUCCGUGCGCACCCGCAACCAUGUGCCCCAGGGUGAGAAGUACCUGAUGGACCAGGGAGGCCGUGAAGAGGGUGUCUCUAUUGAAGAGCCGCUGACUCAAGACUCGAUGGGCCCGACCACCGGCUUUUACCGUGGCCAGCGUGUCUAA